AUGGAAGCUCAAGAAGCGAAUCGGUCACGUGUCACGGUGCCAAUGUCGAGCCCUAGUGAGAAACGUAGCCCGGUCACAAAAAAGAGCGCUUUCUCAUGUGACAUCUGUCGCAAGCGGAAGGUGAAAUGUGAUGGUGGGCAUCCCGUUUGUAACCGGUGUAGGGCCCGUGGCGACGUGUGUAUUUACAAGCUUUCUCCUAGUUUGUCAUACACGCAACGGUUAGAGCAAAGAGUUGCAGAACUCGAGGCUGCGCUUGCUGGUCUCAAAGCGGCGUCAAGCGACUCUCCGCUCGAUCAUGCCUCGGAAAUACCAUCUCGAACGUCAGAUGUCCUUCCACACACUGGACUAGCAAGAGCUACUGAGUCACUGAGGGUUGAAGGAGACGCAGGAGUGUCGUUCCCUGAGUCCACGAGUCUUUUCCGGCUUCCUGGUAGUAUCUGGACACGCCAUAUAGGUCAGGACCAAGCAGACCAAGAGAUGGAUGUUAAGAAGCAGGGUCUGAUCAACAACGCAUGGCGCGAGAGAGUAUUCGAGAAGCUUGCAGAUACGCCCGUUCGUUAUUCUCAUUUCUGCUGGAUUCAGCCACUCUUCAAUUUUAUCUACCGGCCUGCCUUCACACGCGAUAUGAAGACUGGUGGUCCUUACUUCUCACAGGCACUACUCAAUGCCGUGCUCUCGCAUUCAGUCCGAUGGUGUCGUGGCGAGCCAGGCAUGGAGCAAUUACUCGCCCCUUUCGACGGUGGAGCGGCUUUCUCCAGAUGGGCGGUUGAAGAUCUUUUCAGAGAUAUCCAACAUGGGAAUAGCAAAAUCCCUACCGUUCAGGCACUUCUACUACUGAGCGCUCAGCAAUGCGGUUGUGGCAACCGCACUCAAGCGUGGCUGUACAGUGGCAUGGAGAGCGAUCGACCGAGAACAAACGCCGACAACAUCAAAAGAGUGCAAGUGUAA